UUUUAUUUUAUUUUUCAUAUAUUUCUCAUCCCUUCAUCCUUGCUUUGCUUUCUUUUUUACUUAUCCCAACUACCAUAACUCAUUUAAUAUUCUAAAGAAAUAUGCAUCUUAAAGCCCUUAUCAUCUCUGCUGCCAUUGCCUCUGUUGCAUGUGCUGAUUCCAUUAGCUUCUCUGUCAAGAGAAAGUGGAACAAGAGAGGCGACUCUAUCCACACCCAAUCCUUGCUCUCUGAUAAUGGUUUGUUUGCCGGUACUCUAGAGAUCGGAACCCCUCCCAAGGAAUUCACGGUCUUGUUUGACUACAGUUCGCCACUCACCUGGGUCCCUUCCUCAAAGUGUCACAGCACCGAAUGUACCUCUUACGACCGCCCGGUUUACGAUCCCAGCUCAUCUAGCAGCUCACUAGACCUCCACCAGAAACACUCUGUAAAAUACAAUGAUGGAAAAUGCGUAGAUAUUGAGCUGUACCAGGAUACUCUCGCCAUUGCUGGUGUCCCUUUCAAAGAUUUCGACAUUGGGUCUGCCUACAGUGUCUCGAACAUUGGAACUGACAUCUACAGUGGUUACAUCGGCCUUGGUGGUUACAAUGAUGACGGAGGAAUUGACUGGAAUACCUUUGGAAAGCCACAAUCCGAUGCUCCUUCCGCCUAUAACCAAACCCAAUCUUCUCUCAAGAAACGUCUUAAUGGCUUUGCUUCUAAUAUUCCAAACGGCCGAGUUGUGAAAAGAAGCAGUGGAUCCAAAAAGAGAUGGAAUGAUGACUACGCCCUGUUUAUUUUUGGUGGCAUCAAACAAAAUCUGUAUACCGGCAAGAUGGUAUUUUUGGAUCUCCCGACCUGCGAUUUCGGUGAUUCUCGUUACUGGAAGUUGGAAGUCAGUUGCCUUAAGAUUGGAAACACAUUCGACCUCAAGUUCAAGCCCAAGACUCUAGCAAAGAUCGAUUCCAGUAGUCUCUUUAUUAGUGGUCCUUCAUCUGAUGUCGCUGCCCUCCAUGCUGCGUUGGGUGCUGAGUACCAGGAAUCCAGCGGUGCAUACACCAUUGACUGCGCUACCGUAUCUAGUCUCUCUGGCCUGACCUUCAGCUUUGACGGGGCUGACAUCACAGUACCUCUGGACUCAUGGACACAUAAAUCCCAGGACGGUGUCUGCUCAACCCUCAUUCGUUCCAACCAAGGUGGUGCCGACUGGGGACUUGGCGAGGCAUUCCUCAGCAACUUCUAUGCAAACUUUGACUAUCAAAAGAGACAGGUCGGUCUGGCAAUUCCUGACAUCAGCCCCAAUUCUGCAACCAUUGUCGAGACCAAGAAGAGCUCUUAAAAAAUAUAUAUAUUAUUAUUACUACUUCUUUUCUUCAAAUCCCUAAAAUAACACCCACACCUACACAAACUACACCAGCACACCAAUACUGCCCUGCACUCUUUUAUAUAUAUAUAUAAUACAUAUAUACUCUCUUUUGUUUUUUGUUUAAUCAAUACAAUACAAUACAAUACAUUUUCUGCUUUUCCUUUUUCUAUUUUUUUAUACACAUAUAAGAUGUACACUAAAUCAAGUGUUGUCAUGGUUAUUUUUGAAGAAAGUGUAUUGUAUCUACCAACCCCCCCUUUUUUUUUGUUCAUCUAUUUUAAACACAUAUAUAAAUUUAUAUACGAAUAAAUAAAAAUAAUUAUACUCUCACAAGGGUGGGACAACUCCA